AUGGAAGCCCAACAAGUGUUUUAUCUCGAUGACUGUAAGUUGGGUUCACCCUGGAAAGUUGUACAAAAGGUGCAAUUAAGAAACGUGUGGGAUGUUCCGGAGGUCGAGGAUACAAGUGGAGUGAUAGUUGAGGAUGAUGUAGAUCCUGUGACAAAUGAUGCUUAUCAACAAGACGAGUUUAAUGAUGUUCACUGGUUCGUUCAAGAAGAGGGCCUUGAAACUCCAGAAUUGCAUCUUAAUGAUAUUGACCCAGAAAUUGUUGCUUCAGAGGUUGUGAACGAUGAUUGGAUGAAUGAUGGAAUUCUUUUGCAUUUUGACCAUUCUAAUUGUUUGAUAAUAAUUAGUGAGAAGAUGUACCGUAACAAAACGCCUACCGUUCAGAGUUCUACUUCUGGUAAUGCACCAAGUAAUCAAUCACAUGCAGAAUUAUUGAAAAAGAAACGUUCUUAUGCAGCAACUAGUUAUCUGCCAUACGUGAAUUCUACGGGGAAUGGACCCGGUUCUAAUCCGAGUACAAAACGUACUCGUCUGCAAACUUCCAAUCAAGAAUGCCAAAAUUCUGUAGCAGAUGGACUGAAUUCUAGUAGUACUGUUGUCACCACAGAACGAACUACUACUGGGAUUAGAGUUAGUGCACGUCUUCAGCAACAAAGUGUUAAUGAUCAGCCAGUGGUAAACACCAUAGCUGAAGAGCGAGAUGAUAAUGUGAUGUCAGAUAUUAAUCAGGAGCCUCCUUCAGGUACAACCAAAAAGGUGCGAGGGAAGACAAAAGGAGUGAAUGCAGAUAAGGUGUUCUCCCAAUUGAAUUCUAAAAUACCUGUGACUCUGACUGAAGAAAAUGGCAGACCUACGGGCCCUUAUGCUGAGAUGUUUGCAAAUGAAAAUUGGUUACACAAUUCGAAACUACGCCCCACUGAAUGUGGAAAAAUGGAAGAAGAUUGA